AGACCAGAGUCGAGGAUUGGCCCCGCCCACUACAAAUGUCUUGUUGUGGCCAUUUUACUCUGGGUUCCUUGGAAAUUAAAUACCCUCUUUUAGCUGUGCUUCAGCGUGACAUUUAAAGGACAACUGCUGGUUUUAUGAGGUGCUGAAGAAAGGACAACGACGAGGAGCGGAGUCAGUGGAUAGGCAUGGACUUUGAACGGAGAGGCGGACGAGGGGAUCGUAUAGGUCGUUAUGCCAACGCCCACAAUGAUCACAACUUUCGGGACAUGGACUACCGCGGCUACGGCCAAGAGGAUGAGGAGGCAGUAUAUGAUGUCAGGGGGGACAGACUUUAUGGUCACGAUGAGCAGCUGCUGGGUGUCUGCGACUUCACACCGGGUAGUCUCCAAAAUCACCCGGGUAGUCUCCAAAAUCACCCGGGUUUUCAGCAGAGAGGAGAUAACAGAGGGGACAUUGGGUGUGAGGGGAAAGGACUCCUUUGGCCUCCGUCACCUCAGCUGCAGCCGGAACGAGCGCAUCCCAUGCUCCAGAGAGAGGAGGAGGGAUCCAGACGGGAGUUUGAGCAGUUGCGGACUGGCCUGCAGGAAAGGGGUCGGGGAAAAGGUGGAAGAGGGUUCCCAGAGAACAGCGCCCCACAUUUAGGGAGUAGAGAGAGCAACUGGGGCCAGGAUGGUCCACAUUCUGAGCAGAUGGAAUCGAGUACGGGAAGACCGAGGGAGGAGGACAGGUUCUCUCGUGUGGCGGGAAAGAGAAGGGAGCAUAGUAGUGGAAACGCCGGCCCUGAUUUGUCCCUUGAGGAGAUGGACCAGAGGGACCAGGACUACCGUGCAGAUCCAGAUUAUAACCAGAGGCCCAGCAACAUCAUAAUGCUUCGCAUGCUGCCACACAGUGCCACCACCAAUGAGAUUCGGGCACAACUCCAGGAGCAGGGCAUCCAGCCAAGAGAAGUUCGCCUUAUGAGGAACAAAUCUUCAGGUCAGAGCCGAGGAUUCGCCUUCGUCGAGUUUAAUCUCAUACAGGAGGCCACCCGCUGGAUGGAGACCAACCAGGGAGUGCUUUCAAUUCUGGGGCAGAGAGUGUCCAUGCACUUCAGCGACCCCAAACCACGUGCCAAUGAGGACUGGCUCUGCAACAAGUGUGGUGUGCAAAACUUUAAAAGGAGGGAGAAGUGCUUCAAGUGCAGCGUGCCUAAAACAGAGGCUGAGCUGAAGCUUCCCCAGUUGCAGAGGGAUUUGCCUGUUGGUCUUCAAAAGGAGGGAGCCCAGGGCUUACUGCCUUUGCCAGCACCCUACCACUCUUCUACUCCUUCUGUCGCCCCCGGUCAAGCCACACAGCAGGCAGACGUUGCCAAUGACACUCUUAUACUUAGGAAUCUCGGCCCACAUACGUCAGUGGAAGCCAUUUUGUCUGCGUUGGCUCCAUUUGCUACCCUCUCCCCUUCCAACGUUCGCCUAAUCAAGGACAAGCACACGCAUCUCAACCGGGGCUUUGCCUUUCUACAGUUGUCUACCAUAGUGGAGGCGUCUCAGCUGCUUCAGAUUUUACAGGCUCUCCAGCCUCCUCUCUCUAUUGACACGAAGCCCAUUGUCGUGGAGUUUGCCAAAGGCUCCAAACGUGAUGUGUUUGUCACGGACGGUAGCAGGGUGAGCGCUGCUACAGUGGCCAGCACGGCUAUAGCUGCUGCACAGUGGGCUGUCACACAGACUGCUCAGAAUGGUGGAGGCCAGAGUGUAGAUACAGCAGUAUAUCAGCAGGGGGCAGCAGUGACAUAUGGUCAGGAAGGGCAUGAUGGCUCCGCUUUCAAGGCCCAGGCAGACACCAGGUUGGUUGCUUUACCCAGUGUUGGCGCAGGCCUCAAUGGGCCAUAUCCAGGAGGAGCAGCCCCAGCUCUCAUUUCAUCUGACGCAGUAAAGUCUGGAUCAGCAGUUGUGCAGCAGACACAUACACAGACUACACUCAUCCCCACAGCAACCACGCAGGUUGAAAUUGUAGGAAAACCACAACCCGCUACUGCUGCUGCCAGCCAGCCUGCAACCCCAGGCACCGAACAUGAGCUUCAGCAAUAUCCUGUGCCAGAUGUGUCCACAUACCAGUAUGAUGAAAGCUCUGGCUACUAUUACGACCCAUUCACAGGACUCUACUAUGACCCUAACUCCCAGUACUACUACAACCCCCAUUCUCAGCAGUACAUGUACUGGGAUGGAGAGAAACACACGUACAUUCCUGCUGCCAGCCAGGCAAACACUGAAGGUGGUCCUCGGAGUGAUGGUGCAGCCCCUUCAGACUCGAUGUUUGGCAGCCCUGGCAGUAAGGAGAAGAAAGACAAACCCAAGAAUAAAACUGCCCAGCAGAUUGCCAAAGAUAUGGAGCGUUGGGCGAAGAGCCUGAAUAGACAAAAGGAAAACAUGCGCUCUGUCUCUUCGUCUCCUGCCGUCGGCUCAGCUCUUCCCCCUGGUUACGCUCGAGCUCCUGGCCACAGUCGUCUAGACGACCACAGAGAAUCUGCGAGUGCUGAUGCAGGUUACGCUGUUCUGGAGAAAAAGGGGGCACUGUCUGAACGGCCUCAGAUUUUCCUGGACCAGCUCCGGCAGAGUACAGAACAGUCCCCUCCUCAGCAGCAGGGACUGGUCCCAGCCUACAGCGGAGAAACUGACAGCGAAGAAGAAGGAGGUGAAAAAGAUGAGAAGGAAGGGAGAAUGACAGACUGGGUUAAACUGGCCUGUCUGCUCUGUAGGAGGCAGUUCCCAAGCAAGGAGGCCCUCAUCAGGCACCAGCAGCUCUCUGAGCUACACAAGCAAAACUUGGAGCAGAGAAGAAACCAGCAGGAAGCUGCAGCCAAAGAGAGACAAGCAGAUGGAUCUGAACCUCCUGAUUCCAAGAAGAGGAAGUUCAGCCUCAUGGACGGGAUCUCAGGCAGUAGUCUUGGUGCCAGGAUGCUGCAGGGAGGCGUGAAAAGGGGGCUUCUACUACGCAACAUGCAAGUUGAGUGACCCCUCUGCAGCAAACCUUCUGGCCCAGAAAAGACGAGGACAAAGCCCAGCACCCAUCUCUACACCUUUAACGUCAUAUAGAUUAAUAAAAUCCUCAUCCUUUUGGAGUGACAUUAUAAUUACCUCAACAAUGGUAAUAAUCUGAACUGAUCCUGUAGCAGUAGAUGUCAGGAUAUUGCACAGAUUGCACCUUUUUGCUUGCUUCCUGAUUGAUGCAGUUUAGAGUUCUCACUUAUUUCAGAGCACGCAUGUGCGCGUGAGUGUGAACAGUUUUUUUUUGUUGUUGUUGUUCGGAAACUUUUGCUGUGAGAAAAUUAAAGAUCUGUAUAGAUCUUUAUAUCAGCAAAGGGACAUUUCUAAUAUAACUGUCUAUGCACCAUAGAUUCCUUUGUUAAUUUAAUGCUAUAUGCCUUGUCAUUCAGUGAAUGACUUAUUUGGGCACAAACUGUGUGUAUAUUUUAGAAUGAACACUUUUAUACAACAGUGACUGUGACCUCUAGUGGACAGGGGUCAAACUAACACUAGUGUGUAGGUGAAGUGUCUCAGUUUAUCAUAUAGCAGCUAUGAAUUCACAAUGUAAUACAUCUUUGGAGAAAAUGUAUUUUUUAUUUGUGUAUUGUUCCGUAUUCAGUAAUGUGACAAUGUUUCAUCUAACUCAUGUAAAUGAAUUCAAAAUAACACAUUUUCAUCAAUCUUGA